CUGAAGUUUGGUAUUAGGUACCUUAAUCUAUGGUAAAACUUAUAAUUGCAGUGCUUUAGUAAUUAUAAGCGAAUUUUUAUAUAAAUUGUGACAACAGCACAUUAUGUAAAUCUAUUAUUAUGUUCAUGUUUUAUUAAUUCGAAGAUAUUUCUAUAAAAUAUUAUAUACGACUUAAAACAAAAUACAAAAUGACAUCAACCGGUACUCUAAACCAAUAUAUCCAAACAGUAGAGCGAAUGUACAGACUUUCAGAAGGAGAUGAGCUCGCUAGACUUAUAUCGCUCAGAGAUCCUCAUGUUACUAACAGAAACCUUCGAUCAAGCGAUAUUGCUAGUUUGGUUGAAGGAAACUGUGUGGCCCCCAUUGAUGAAAUAAUUAUUUGCCAUUUAUUAUGCGUAAAGGCUGUUAUUGAAAAAGACUACCUGGCAGCAUAUAGUCACCAAAGUCAAUGUGUGGUGUCUGUUGUAAAAGUACUCAUGUCCCAAAAGGAUCAAAACUGGUGUUUGCCGCUCAUGUACACAACUUGUUUGGAUUUGAGACUUGUUGCCCAGAAAGCUGAAGCUACCCAACCACAAAGUAAUGGCAAGAUCCUAGAAAAGGCUGCGGAGAGCUUGUUAUCCUGUUUCAGAGUUUGUUGUGCCGAUAACAGAACAUCAGAGGAAGAUACCAAAAGACAUGGAAUGCUGUAUCUCGCAAAUCAGCUUCUUAAAGUAUACUUUCGUAUUAACAAAUUGCAUUUAUGCAAACCAUUGAUAAGAGCUAUAGAUUCUUCAUCCCUUUGGUAUCAAUUUCCACUUGCUCAACAGAUUACUUACAGAUAUUUUGUUGGGAGAAAAGCCAUGUUUGAUUCGGAGUAUCAAGCUGCAAAUGAAUAUCUAUCCUUUGCAUUUGAAAACUGCCACAAGAAGAGCCAUAAGAAUAAAAGAUUAAUUUUAACAUAUCUGGUUCCAGUCAAAAUGCUAUUAGGCUAUAUGCCCACAAAACAGUUGCUUGAAAAAUAUAAUCUUCUUCAGUUUUGGGAUUUGGUAUCAGUUGUCAAAAAUGGAGAUUUGAGAGGAAUUGACAGUGUUAUGGAGAAGCAUGAAAAGUUUUUCAUCAGCGCUGGGAUAUACUUGAUUGUUGAAAAAUUAAAAAUAACAGCAUAUAGAAAUUUGUUCAGGAAAGUUUUCCUAGUUGAGAACACUCACCAGAUAGACAUAGCGAGCUUUCAAGCUGCAUUGCAGGUGAUGGGUGAGAAGGAUGUAGAUACUGACGAGACACAGUGUAUUGUCGCUAAUUUAAUAUACCAAGGCAAAAUAAAGGGGUACAUUUCAUAUCAACACAAGAAAGUUGUUGUGAGCAAGCAGACAGCAUUUCCGCCUUUAUCAUCCAUGUAAGAUAUAAUCACAGACCAACAGGACACCGACACAGAAGCAUAAAUAAAACUAAAUUUUGAAGCUGUCUUGGCUACACAACUAUUAUCUAAAACAAUCAAGUGUUAAGCACAUGAAAUCUACACAAUAUAUAGCUAUAUUGUGUUUUGAAAAAUAACACCUAUUUAAUAUAAUGCAGUUACAUUUACAAGUAUGUUUUUAUAAAACAUAAUUAAAUGGAAAUCAAGAAAAGUUAAAAGUUAAACUAUGUAUGUACAGAAGAUAGUAUUUGUUUCAACUGAACUGUGAAAGCCGUAACAGCUUUAUUAUGAAGUUAAAGAUGUGUAGUGUUUGUUGGGCUGUGAUACCGUUUUAUAAAGUGAACUGUUGAAUUUCUCUAAUUGUAGAUAAGAAACUUAAACUUACAUGAAUAAAAAUUGUUCCUCUUA